CGCGGCUGCUCUGAGGGCGCUGAGCCCUGGGGCGCGGGGACGAGAGAGGCGAGGGGUGGGAGAGCCGGCAGCCGGGGAGGGCGGCGCCGGCGGAGGGCGGCGCGUGGCUGACUCAUCUCUCUGGAAGAGCAGACUGACAGCCACACCGAAGCCGCCCGCCCGCGCCGCUCCUCCUCAGCCGGGAGGCGCCCUCCCGCACCACCCUCCCGCCCUUCCCGGCAGGGAGCUUCCCCGGGCCCGGCCGCCUCGGAGAAAGUUUUUCGCGUCGGCAGCGCCGGAUCCGUCGCGAGUCUUCGGGAAGGGAGGCGGGAGAAGGGCGGCUGGUGGAAGGCGGGGGGGAACGGAAGAGGAGGCGACGGCCGCGCGGGCCCGCGGAGUGCAUGUUGCCCGGCGCCUCGGCUGCCUGUCAGGAGGACCUCGGGGCGGGGUCGGGCUGAGCCCGGCGUCUUCCUCUCGGCUCAGCUGCUCCAGAAAUCUUUCCCGGACUGCGGCGGGGAGGAGGGGUGCGAGGAGGGGGCUCCCCGCGCCUCAGCCCGCCAUGUCCCGGCUGCUGCCGCUGCUGAGGAGCCGGACCGCGCGCAGCCUGAGGCCGGGCCCGGCCGCCGCGCCCCAGCCGCCGCCCUGGUGCUGCUGCGGCCGGGGGCUGCCGGCCAUCGCGGCCCCCGGAGGCCCCCGGCAGCUGGGCACUCACCCCAAGAAGGAGCCCAUGGAGGCGCUCAACACGGCGCAGGGCGCGCGCGACUUCAUCUACAGCCUGCACUCCACCGAGAGGAGCUGCCUGCUCAAGGAGCUGCACCGCUUCGAGUCCAUUGCCAUCGCCCAAGAAAAAUUGGAAGCUCAACCACCUACCCCAGGACAACUGAGAUAUGUAUUCAUCCACAAUGCGAUACCUUUCAUAGGGUUUGGCUUUUUGGAUAAUGCAAUUAUGAUUGUUGCAGGAACCCAUAUAGAAUUGUCUAUUGGAAUUAUUUUGGGAAUUUCAACUAUGGCAGCUGCUGCUUUGGGAAAUCUUGUGUCAGAUUUAGCUGGACUUGGGCUUGCAGGCUAUGUUGAAGCUUUGGCUUCCAGGUUAGGCCUGUCAAUUCCUGAUCUCACACCAAAGCAAGUUGACAUGUGGCAGACACGUGUUAGUACACAUUUGGGCAAAGCCGUUGGGGUGACUAUUGGCUGCAUUUUAGGAAUGUUUCCUCUGAUUUUCUUUGGAGGAAGUGAAGAAGAUGAAAAACUGGAGAAGACUGAAUCCUCUUAGAAUACCCAUAAAAAGAUGUAAACUAAUGUACCUCAGUUAUUAAAUAUACUGUCACAACAUUUAGAAGUUAAGACAGUAACAGUGUAUAGAUAUGGGAUCAAAUAGUUGAGCAUGUGUUAUGGAACACUAACUUAUUGUGGUUUGGUCUUAGGACAUCUUUUAAAAAAAUAUUUGGUAUCAUAUGUGUAAAUUGUUGAAAUGCUUUUCAUCAACAGCAGUCAACAUUUCAUCUUUUCCUUCUUUAUCACAUUAUUAUUUAAGUACUGGUCAUUGAUGUACUGUAUUGACUGGGAGUUUGGCUGUUUGUUACUUAACAUGCCUACAUGCAUGAAAGCAUUUGGUUCUUGUCAUCAUUGUUGUUACAAAAUAGUUAUAAUUCAACCUUAGGAGUUUUCCAGAUUACUUCAGAUAUUCAAUAAUCAGUUAAAGAUUUUUUUUUUUUACUGUUUUAUUGGCAGUAUCAAUUUUGUGUUGUUUCACAGUGAACAUUAGCAAUUAUAAAAUUUCAGUCAUUUUCUUAACACAGCUUUUGAGAAGGGUGCAGAUUUGAGGUAUAUGUCACUCAUUUUAAUUUUCUGAUUGUAUUGUCUGAAGGGCCAGAGGGGUUAAAAAGAGCAAUUCUAUGUGUUCUUCGUGUUAUAUGAAACCAUGUAUGUUAAUAAGAAUACUUAUUCUGGUUGAUUGUCUUACUUUAAUUUCUUUUAAGUGGAGACUAUGGAAUUACGUUGAACUAGAGAAAUACGAAGUGGAAAUUGUUGAGAAUGCUUAUGGUCUAAGUGGUGAGAUCCUACUGAUAUUUGAAAGUCUGAAGAAAUACAAAUUAUAUUCUUUAGAAAGAUUUUCCCCCCUCAUAAAAUGUUAUUUUAUAUGAGUGGGUUGAACCCAAACACUUCAUAUUCACGAUCAAAAAUCUUGUUGUAUUUUGUCUGGUGUUAUUUUUUCUCGAUAAUUUCUUUUGAUGUGAAAACUAAGUUUUUUGUAUUCUGAUUUUUUUUUGCAUUAUGGUCCAGUCAAAGUUGUAUUUAGGAGUAAUCCUUUCCUUUUGUCAGUAUUUUUGGUGGUGGUGGUUAGAGCAUAUUUUUGGUUAUAGUUACUUAUAUCUGACCCUAUAUAUCUAAAGUUAUAACCAUUUAGAGUCAUAAAUUCUAAUUUUCUGAAUCCUUUAUGUUUUGUAGUAUGUGGUUUGUUAAACAUGAUAGUUAAACAUACUGUGGGGAGAGAAAAACUGAAAUUAAGAUUUACUAUUAGGAUAUUAAAAUUAUUGCUAAUAGAUACAAAAGAAGGCAAACUUGUGGGGCGACCAUAUUUAUAGCAAUAUUAUUUUAAAAUUUUAUUUGCAUAUGAUUGCUUGGAGCACUUAUUUUCAAUGUUAACUUCUCUCCUGUACACUUCAGAAUAAUAUGUUACUAUCCUUUUAAGCAUCGAUUUUUGGGGGGAGGGGAACUACAUCUUAAUAUUGUAUGCAAAUAAAUAUAUAAUAUUCUUAUACAUUAUGACAUUUUUCAUUAGGUUAAAUCAAAAUUGUAAAACUUGAGAGCUUAAACAUGAUUGUGGUUUGUAUCUUCCAUGUUGUAUAACAUAAAAACACCAAGAAGAAAGGUUUUAAAAUUUCAGAUGGAUAGGAAUAGAUUGCUUAUUUAAACUUUUUGAUAAAUAUUUAAGUGCUUAUAUCCCUAUUGUGUAUAUGGAUUGCCAAUCCUUUCUGUUUUUUUAAAAAGUAUUUCAUUGUGGUGCUUCACUUCUUUUUAAUAAAAUCCCAUAUUCCAUAAGUUUAGCCUGUUAAGUUUAGAAAGGGCCUUUGAUUAUUAAUUUUUUUGCUCCUGGAAAUAAUUAGUCCUAUUAUUAGCAGAAUUAUUAACAGAAUCUGUCAGUUUGGUUUAGCAUGAACAGAAUUAUUGAAGUUGUUGAAACAUGAAUACAAAACCUGAAUAUUAAAAAAUAGUUUAUAGGUACAAUAAAAAUUUGAAUCAAUCAUGUAAUAAAUUUUCCAAAAAAUUGGAGCCCUUCUGCCCUUUCUAUACAUUUUUGCCCCCAGAAAUUUAUUUUGCUGUAGCAUGGUGCUUCACACAACACUAGAAAAAAUGACUCCGUUAGGAAUGGUUUCAUGUGAUUCUUGUUUCAUGUCACUUGCCACAAAGAACGUUAUUUGAGGUGUAAACUGGAACCUGUGUUUCUCAUAUUAGUAUUUCUCUCUUAGGAACACUAGAAAUGUGAAAUGCAACAUGAGCUAUUUUAGUGCUGAAUGUUUGAAAUUCCUGUUCUGUGUAUUAUGAUUUAUUGACUUGUUGAUGCAUGUGAACUGGGUGCAUUUUGCCACUGUAUGUUAAAU